AUGGCAUUGAUGAUUCCUGUUUCAGGCUCGGCUUACACUUACACUUAUGUGACCCUUGGUGAGUUUAGCGCACGUUUCACGACACCGCCCAGCGGUUGGACUGAGAAUUCAGCAAGCAUAUCGUACGCAAAAGGGCAUUACUUUAAGAUUCCUGAUCUCGUCAUUAUAUUGCUGCUUACGUUCAUUCUGGUAAUUGGCCCUCGUCAAUUCAGUCAUUUUCGUUAUCAAGAUUGUUGUGGUUUUGCUAAUCGUCUUGCGUUGUGGGCCUUCACAUACGCUAAGAGCUAUGAGGCAUACAUUCCACCCGACACCACCGGCUACGGGCGCAAAUUUGGCGUGCCUGGCAUAUUUGCAGCAGCAUCCAUUGUGUUUUUCAACUACUUAGGCUUCGAUGCAGUGACUACAGCCGCGAUAGAAUCCGAGAACCCACGACACGAUCUCCCUAUUGUUAUUCCUGGCAGCCUGGUGUACUUUGCGUAUGGCAUUUAA